AUGUCGUUGCAAAUGAUGAUUGUGUUUGGCCUUUUGGUCACCGAAAUGACGCUAAUGACGAUUCUGGUUAUGCCUUUGCCCCACAAGGUCCAAAACGGUUUUGUCAAUCUGGCUUAUAAGUUACUCCAAAAUCCAAAUGUCAAGGUGGGAUUGGUAUUCGGGGCUUCAGUGCUUGGCAUGAUGUUCAUGGAUGCUCUCAGAACUGCCGUUCCAAAAAUACCCGAAGAGUAUCGUCCAGGAAUGCCAGCUUCGGGAAAUGUUCCACCGGUGCCUUCAAUGAUUGCAGGUGCUACCUGGAGCGAAGUGCGGGCGCGCAAGUUCUAUUCUCAGCGUAACAUGUACUUGACCGCUGGCGCUCUUUUCCUUGGCAUUGCCAUUUACUUUAACAUCAUUCUUUUAAAGAGCUUGGUCAAAAAUAAAGAGAAGCUGAUUAAGACCACCACCGUUGGCAAAGGAAAAAAGGCUGUUUCUACUGUGGAAUACGAGGAACUAAAGCAGGUGCUAAAGAAGAAAGAAAUCGAUGUGGAGAACUUGAAAAAACAGAUAACGAGACUUCAUGAGGCAUACCAAAACAAGGCCGACGAGAGCGAAAGCACAAGUUCCGCGACUUCAGCGAAAAAGGAGGAUUAG